AUGGAGGCUGAAAGUGAGAGUAGCACUUCAGGGGAUGACAGUGUCUUUGGGUUCGAUUCUGAAGAGAUGAUCCAGGUGUCUGACAGUAAAGAGGGAAAAAAGGAAGAGAAAUUCAGGAAGAUGAAGUCUUCAGUACAUUCUGAAGAGGAUGAUUUUGUUCCAGAACUACACAGAAAUGUUCACCCGCGAGAGCGGCCUGAUUGGGAAGAAACCCUUAGUGCAAUGGCACGAGGAGCAGAUGUUCCGGAGAUUCCUGGGGACCUAACUCUUAAGACAUGUGGCAGUACAGCCAGUAUGAAGGUUAAACAUGUGAAAAAGUUACCUUUCACCAAGGGCCACUUUCCGAAGAUGGCUGAAUGUGCACAUUUCCAUUAUGAGAACGUUGAGUUUGGCAGCAUACAGCUUUCACUUUCAGAAGAACAGAAUGAAGUAAUGAAAAAUGGCUGUGAAUCUAAAGAGCUGGUCUACCUCGUACAGAUUGCUUGUCAGGGCAAAAGUUGGAUUGUUAAACGAAGUUAUGAAGAUUUUCGGGUACUUGAUAAACAUCUUCAUCUAUGUAUCUAUGAUCGACGAUUUUCCCAGCUCUCAGAGCUCCCCCGUUCUGAUGCCCUAAAGGAGAGUCCUGAGUCCGUCACUCAAAUGCUCAUGGCUUACCUGUCCCGCCUUUCAGCCAUUGCUGGCAACAAGAUCAACUGUGGGCCUGCCCUGACGUGGAUGGAGAUUGACAAUAAGGGAAACCACCUUUUAGUUCAUGAGGAAUCCUCCAUCAAUACUCCUGCCGUUGGUGCUGCCCAUGUUAUCAAGAGGUACACUGCUCGAGCCCCUGAUGAAUUGACCUUAGAGGUGGGAGACAUUGUUUCUGUUAUUGACAUGCCCCCAAAAGUUUUAAGCACAUGGUGGAGAGGCAAGCAUGGAUUUCAGGUGGGACUCUUCCCCGGACAUUGUGUUGAGUUAAUUAACCAAAAAGUUCCCCAGUCAGUGACCAACUCUGUGCCAAAACCAGUGUCUAAAAAGCACGGCAAGCUCAUUACUUUCUUACGCACAUUCAUGAAGUCUCGUCCAUCAAAACAGAAACUGAAGCAGCGGGGGAUCUUGAAAGAGAGGGUGUUUGGCUGUGACCUGGGGGAACACCUUCUGAAUUCUGGUUUUGAAGUGCCCCAGGUUCUUCAGAGCUGCACCGCGUUCAUUGAGAGGUAUGGCAUUGUGGAUGGAAUAUAUCGUCUCUCCGGCGUUGCCUCCAACAUCCAGAGACUACGCCAUGAAUUUGACUCUGAACAUGUUCCCGACCUGACAAAAGAGCCUUAUGUUCAAGACAUCCAUUCUGUAGGCUCUCUUUGUAAGCUGUAUUUCCGAGAGCUUCCAAAUCCUUUGCUUACUUACCAACUAUAUGAGAAAUUUUCUGAUGCCGUUUCAGCAGCAACAGAUGAAGAAAGACUGAUAAAGAUUCAUGAUGUCAUCCAGCAACUCCCCCCUCCACACUAUAGAACACUGGAAUUCCUGAUGAGACACUUGUCUCUCCUAGCUGACUAUUGUUCCAUCACAAAUAUGCAUGCAAAAAACCUAGCGAUUGUUUGGGCUCCAAACCUGCUGAGGUCAAAACAGAUAGAAUCUGCCUGCUUCAGUGGAACAGCAGCUUUCAUGGAAGUGAGAAUUCAGUCUGUAGUGGUUGAAUUUAUCCUCAAUCAUGUAGAUGUCCUCUUCAGUGGCAAAAUCAGUGCCGUCAUUCAGGAAGGGGCAGCUCCUCUAUCAAGGCCCAAGUCCCUACUGGUUUCUUCUCCAUCCACCAAGCUGCUAACCUUGGAGGAAGCCCAGGCACGAACACAAGCUCAGGUCAAUUCUCCAAUUGUGACUGAAAAUAAGUAUAUUGAAGUAGGAGAAGGACCUGCUGCACUUCAGGGAAAAUUUCAUACCAUAAUUGAGUUCCCACUUGAAAGGAAGAGACCUCAAAAUAAAAUGAAGAAGUCUCCUGUGGGCAGUUGGCGUUCCUUUUUCAAUUUGGGGAAAUCAUCAUCUGUCUCCAAACGAAAGCUGCAGCGUAACGAGAGUGAGCCUUCCGAGAUGAAAGCCUUGGCUCUGAAUGGUGGCAGGGCAGAAGGAACCCUCCGCUCAGCUAAAAGUGAGGAAUCUCUUACUUCUCUCCAUGUAGUUGAUGGCGAUUCCAAGCUAUUCCGACCCAGAAGACCCAGAUCUAGCAGUGAUGCACUGUCUGCUUCUUUUAAUGCUGAAAUGCUGGGGAACCGUUGUAAUUCCUAUGAUAAUCUGCCCCAUGAUAAUGAAAGUGAGGAGGAAAUAGGGCUGCUCCACAUUCCAGCCCUUAUAUCUCCUCAUUCUGCUGAGGAUGUUGACUUGAGUCCACCAGACAUUGGAGUAGCCAGCCUGGAUUUUGAUCCGAUGUCAUUUCAAUGUAGUCCUCCCAAACCCGAAUCAGAAUGUCUGGAGAGUGGUGCUUCCUUUUUGGAUUCAUUGGGAUAUUCCAAGGAUAAACCAAAUUCCACUAAGAAGGAUGCAGAAGCGGGUGGUAGCCAGUCGCAGACUCCAGGCAGCACUGCAGGCUCGGAGCCUGUCUCUCCUCUUCAUGAGAAAUUAAGUCCAUUCUUUACCCUAGACUUGAGCCCAACUGAGGAUAAAUCAUCUAAGCCGUCCUCAUUCACAGAAAAGGUCGUCUAUGCUUUCUCUCCAAAGUUAGGACGAAAACUAAGCAAAUCACCUUCUAUGAACAUAUCUGAGCCAAUUUCAGUGACCCUUCCCACUCGGGUGUCAGAAGCCAUCGGUACAACCUCAAACACAGCAGCUCCGAAUGCACCUUCCCCAACCCGGAACAAAAGCAUUGAAGAAAGUGAAGAGACAACCAGAUCCCCCACCCAGGUAGUAAAGAUGAAAACUAAUGAGAGAGAGGCCCAGGAAGGAUAUGAGUCUGAAGCCCAGUCCCUGGACCGGGUGGCUGCUGAGGAAGUAGAAUUGCCAGGGACAGAGGAGCAGCCCAUCACAAGCAAUCAGAGUAAGGCCGUACCUGCUGGACAGACUCAGACAGGAGCAGUUACCUAUGACCCCCCUCAGGAUUCCGUUCCUGUCAGUUCAGUCUCUCUUAUCCCACCACCACCGCCUCCGAAAAAUGCUGCCCGCAUGUUGGCGCUAGCAUUAGCUGAGUCUGCACAGCAAGCUUCAACUCAGACAUUGAAGAGACCAGGGAAUUCUCAGGCUGGUUAUACAAAUUAUGGAGACCUGGCAGUGGCCUCCACUGAAGAUCAACUGCCAAGCUCCUACGCUAGUAUUACUCUAGAUAAGGCCUCUUUCCAAACUGAUAUGCCCGCAGAGCACUUCCCUCUCCAGAGCAGUGUGCCUGGGAACUGUGACCGGCCUGCAGCAGACACCCCGGCUGUGGGGGCUCAUACCCAUUCCACCGCAACUCAGCCUGGGGCACCGUCCUACCACGCGGACCCACCAGGGCAUCAGCCACAUCGAACCUUUCUAUCUGGGGACCCAGAAAAGGCCACAGUCACUUUAGUUCCCUUAGCAGACCCAGAGAAGCCCGAUGAGCACCUGUGUUCCCCUGAAGAACAGUGUGGGAAGACCAGCAAGCCGGCUAUCUCCUUUGUGGGCCAGGACCAGUGUCACCCUCAGCUCCACAGCAGGGAGCAGCCUCUUCCUCACCCCGGAGCCAGUGCAGAUAAGCCCCAUGCCCUUUCAGAACUUGCAGGCAAACCUCCCAGCUCUCCUAACUUGCCUAGGGACACCGUCUAUCCUCCUUCUGGGUCCCCUGAAGAGAAUACCAGCACAGCUGCCACGGCCUACAUGACGACUCUCCCUGUAACAGCUGAAGGAAGCGCCAAGGAAGCCACUUGGGAUGUGGCUGAGCAGCCGGGUGCGGUGGCCUUCGCUGUGGCCACCCUCCAGCGCGCUCCUAGAUCUGCCCGCCCCCUGCCUCCACCUCCUUCCCUGCGGCCCGCAGAGCAGGGACACGCAGCAGCCAGGAGAGGAGUAACUAGUUCCCACAAGGUUCAUGGAAUAGUUGCAGCUCCAGAGAAGCCUCUUGGACCUAGAGCCGUUGACGAGCCUGUGGCUGUCUUUGUCAGGGAUGACAACGGAGCUCCCCAGUGUUCCAUGUCUACCACUGCUUUCCACCCGGGCCUUCCGGAAAAGGUCCAUGAGGGCACUCGGGCCCCGUUGCUCCACCUACGAGCUGAGUCAUUUCCCACACAUGCCUCUGGCAGCUUUUCCACUCCAGUCCCCCCCACCAGGGUGCUGGAGAGCAAGGUUGCUGCCACCAUGCAUGCCAACAGCACAGAGGCUACCGGCACUUCAAAUUAUCAUUCCUUUGUCACGGCUUCGUCAGCCUCUGUGGACGAUGUUUUCCCUUUACCACUUCCUGUCUCACAACCGAAGCAUGCUUCUCAGAAAACAGCUUAUUCUUCCUUUGCUAGGCCAGAUGUCACCACUGAGCCCUUUGUUCCAGAAAACUGUUUGCAUUUCAACAUGAUUCCAAACUGCCAGUACCGUCCACAGAGUGUCCCUCCACACCACAAUAAAUUGGAGCAGCACCAGGUCUGUGGCUCCAGGUCAGAGCCACCAGCCUCCACUGGCCCUCAUUACAACACAUUCGUGGCCCCAGCAAGAAGCGCCUCUGGGCACCACUCCAAGCCAUGCAGCCGUGUUGAGUAUGGAUCUUCUCUGAGCUCUUCUGUUAGGAAUACUUGUUUCCCUGAAGAUAUCCCACCGUACCCCACCAUCCGGAGAGUGCAGUCCCUCCAUGUCCCCCCAUCAUCCAUGAUCCGCUCUGUUCCCAUUUCGCGGACAGAAGUCCCCCCAGAUGAUGAACCAGCCUACUGCCCAAGACCCCUGUACCAGUAUAAGCCAUAUCAGUCCCCCCAGGCCCGCUCGGAUUAUCACGUGACUCAGCUGCAGCCUUACUUUGAGAAUGGACGGGUCCACUACCGCUACAGCCCCUAUUCCAGUUCUGGUACCUGCUACAGCCCUGACGCAGCCCUGUGUGACGUGGACGCCUAUGGCACAGUUCAGUUGAGGCCCCUUCACCGCUUGCCCAGUCGCGAUUUUGCUUUCUACAACCCUCGGCUGCAAGGAAAAAAUUUGUACAGCUAUGCUGGCUUGCCUCCACGUCCCCGGGCCAAUGUGAUUGGAUAUUUCUCUGGUAAUGACCAUAAUGUGGUCAGCACACCUCCAAAUGCUGAUAUCAAGCACACUCACACCUCGUGGGAUCUAGAGGACAUGGAAAAAUACCGCAUGCAGUCUAUUCGGCGGGAGAGCCGCGCUCGACAGAAGGUGAAGGGGCCUGUUAUGUCCCAGUAUGAUAACAUGACCCCGGCCGUGCCAGACGAGUUGGGUGGAAUCUAUGUCAUCCACCUGCGCAGUAAAUCAGAUCCUGGGAAAACUGGACUUCUCUCCGUGGCAGAGGGAAAGGAGGGGCGGCAUCCAGCCAAGACCGUCAGCCCUGAGGGAGAUGACCGCUUCUAUAGGAAGCAUCCAGAGCCAGAGUUAGACAGAGCCCACCACCAUGGAGGCUAUGGCAAUGGGCAGCCAGAGAAGCCAUCCCUCCCUCAGAAGCAAAGCAGCCUGCGGAACAGAAAGAGACAUGACAUGGGCUGUGGUCCCCCUGAGCACAGGGCACCUCAGGAAGCAAGCCAUAGGCAACUGUGUGAGUCCAAAAACGGGCCGCCGUAUCCCCCGGGAGCUGGCCUGGUAGAGUACGGGUCCAGAGGGAUUCCAGACACAUUGGAGCCAGUCAGCUACCAUAACUCUGGAGGGAAAUACCUGGCAGCAGGGCAGGAGUCCCUAAGACUGAACCACAAGGAAGUGAGGCUCCCCAAAGAGCUGGAGCGGCCUCGGGCACGGCAGCCUCCUGCUCCCGAGAAACACUCCAGAGACUGCUACCAGGAGGAGGAGCACCUCGCCCAGUCGGCGGUCCCACCCCCCAAGCCAGAGAGGAGCCACAGCCUGAAACUCCAUCACACCCAAAGCGUGGAGAGGGACCCCAACGUGCUGCCCCAGUACCACACACACGGCCGACGCCAGGGCCCCCUGACUGCCCUGUCCCAGUACGACAAUCUGGAGGAUUACCACUCCCUGCCCCAGCACCAGCGCGGAGGGUUUGCAGGAGGAGGCAUGGGGCCCUAUGUGCCCCCUGGCUUCCCCCACCCACAGAGCAGGACAUAUGCUACAGCUUUGGGCCAAGGGGCCUUCCUUCCCACAGAGCUGUCCUUGCAGCAUCCGGAGACACAGAUCCAUGCGGAAUGAGCCCUGGGAGCAAUAGAGUUGAACGAAGCAGCCUCUGCUGGACAGUGGACUGUUCUAUUUUUUUCAAUAACCAAAAAAAGAUUCAAAACAAAACAAAACACUACAAAACCCCCAACCACAUUCAAAAGGAAAAAUAAAUAAACUACCAUCUUUUCUCCCCUCUUUGCUUCAUUACCACCUCUUCCAUUUAUAGACCGUUUCAUUUUUGUCAUUAAAAGAAAUUUAGAUGAUUGUAAAGCACUGUGUUGAAAACUUAGUAAAGAAAUUUGUAACAGACCAUGCUUGCCAUAGAGGGCUAAUUUGUAAGAGCCUGAGGACUGACUGCCUUUAAGUGAUUUUGAAUUUAUCUGUGUCCUUUCUUCUUAGGAUUUGCUACACAGUUCAAGCAGUUUCCAUCUGUUUCUUAGUAGGCUUUUGUGUUUACUGCAUUUCUACCUGCUUCUUCUUCAAUAGCCAUACAGCUCUCCAGAUUGACACUCAAUUUUUCUCACUUCAUUAUCCCUGUCAUAAAAGGGUCUUGUGUGUUAAGCUAAGUGGAGAAAGACUUCUCCCUGAUCCUUCAGAUAAGUCAGUCAGACAAAAUAGCAACCUUAUGAUUAAAAAAAUAAAGAAAUUAAGACUUAAAGCAUUAAGCAUAAAGAAAGUAGUUUUCAGUGUCCCACAAAAUAUCAGGCCACUCAGACCCAGGCUGAACUAUAUGCUUUACAUUAUUAGUUUUCAUACUUGUUCCUCACAGUUCAGCGAUCAGGCUCAUAGCACUGCAGAAGGGAUUUUUUUUUUUAAGUUGGAAUUUAAGGAAACGUCUUAGGUGGAAGAAAGCAAAGUGUUUUUUGUCAGUGAAUUUUGUUAGUACCAGGAAACUAUAUCAAUGCUUUUAAUGUGUUUCCUGCUUUCAGGUUUUUUAUUUUCUAAAAUAUCUGGUAAAUUGCAAUCCCAGUAAAACAUUUCAUGCCAUCUGUUAUCCUAAAGCAACUUUUUUUUUUCAUGAGGUAAAAAACCAGCAGCAUGGUUUGACUGGAUAAAUGCACAUAAUUUAUCGUGAUUACAAAUUUAUAUGUAACUUCUGUUUUUAAACCAGAGUACAGGUUCCCUGGUAAUUCUUAAAGUAGGUACUAAUAAUCUGUUAGUAAUCCGUAAGUUACUGCAAUAGCCCCUUAGGCCACAUCACCCUCUUACCAGUUGGAGUUCUCGGCAGUUACCAUUUACGUUCUAAGUAAUUACAUAUUAUUUGUUCACUCUGGACUUGUAUGAUCACAAUUUCAUUGUAAUUGCCAUUUACACCAGCAUUUCAGGUAUGGCUCUUUAUAAUUCCAUAGACAUGUGAAGCGUGUCUGAUACCCGGGACCUUCAUUUGAAGUCGCAUUCCUUGUUACGGUAGGAACAGGACACUUCUCGAGCCAAACCCCAUUCUGUUUUCUCAACCCACCCCAUCACGGAUAUGCCAGGCUAGCAAUGCAGUCCUCUAAUUACAAAGUGAGUUUAGGUUGUCAUUUCAUCUCUAUAAGUCUUAAUAAUAUUUGACAUAGUCUAAGUGUUCAGUUUGUAGAAGACACUAGGAGAAUUUCAUUCCAUUUACUGGAUGAUCGCUGCUCUGGCUUUUUAAAACUUGGAAUUAACUUUGAUUUAGAGAAAAGGAGGAAAUCUUUUAAGAGGCUGAAAUCAUGCUGCUAUUAUUGCUGUGAAAUUGUAUAAAGAUUAAGAUUCAUGCCAGUUCCUUUUUUAUUUAAAAAAAAAUCAUGUGAUUGCAUUUUAAGGGUUUAUAUUUAGGAAAAGAAAUAAAGUUUUAAAAACAACACAUUUAUAUCUGGGAAUUCUACUCUGUAAGAUUUUCUUUUGUUCUCCUGAAAUUGAUCAGAGGGGGUCAAUAAAGAUUAUAGUAGAAAUCUUGAAA